UCAAAGGCCCAAAUAACUUCUGAUAUGAGAGACAUUCCAGUAGGGGGCAGUGUGACCCUGACCUGCUCUGUGAACCCAUCAUCAUCAUCUGGAUGGAAAUACUACUGGUACAGAGAUGAGAAAUCCUCUGAAGCCCUGACCACACAAGAUGCAGUUUUCCACUCAAAUGGACAAAUCAGUGUCUCACAGGAAGGACUCUACAGGUGCAGAGGAGGAAGAGGAAACCCAGUUUACUACACAGAGGACAGCCAGUCAGUCAGGAUUGAUAAAAAGGCAGAUGUCCCCACUGCUGAAAUCUCUUUGUUUCCUGUUCUGAUGAUCGUUGGACUAAUUUCUGGAAUUACAUUGAUUUUCCUCCUGCUCUUGUUGUAUUGCUGCAAAAAGUUCAAAGGUGCUGCUAAUGAGCAAACGCUCAAUCGGGAUGAAGAUCAGCAGCAAGUGUACUCCUCUCUUCUUCAUGGUGAUCGUUGUGUCUAUGAGACAGUCAGAAGAUGUGAAAACACUGAAAAUGGUCCAGCAGAAGGUGAUUACAACAAUGUCACAUCUGGGAUUCUCAAAGUCAUUAACAAGACAAGGCAACGUGGUGACCCAGAGGAGAGCUCUGACUACAAUGAUGUCAAUCCAAAUUCAGCCACAGCUCUAAAAUCUUAACAGCAGCUCUUCAGCUGUUUUUCUCUUUUUCUCUUUAAAGUCUCUUAAAAACUUGAAGUCACUUUUAGUGAAAAGGAGAUUUUGAAUUCAAAGCAAUGAUCCUGAUAGUCUGAGUUCAUGUUUCUUUCAAAUAUAUACCAUAGAUCCGUUUUUUGUAGCUGUUACAUGCUGAAUAAAUGUGUCAGACUUGUGAAACAGAGUUAAAUGAACAAAAAAACAACAACAAAAGAAAAAAAGUCCAAAUGGCAAAAUCUAGACUUUUAGCCAUAAAAGUAAACAUGUACAAAUAGUAAAAUAGGACAUAGAACUUUUAGCACAAAUCUGUAUUUUCAUUUCAUAUGUAUGUAUCAAUGAAAUUGUUGGAAAGGCUGUCAACUGUGUGGGAGAUCCCCCUUGUGGCGAGAGAGCACAGUUGCACUAUUGAGCAUAAUGGUAUAUGGUCCAGAGCACAGAGUUUUAACUAACAUAUAGUAAGAGCCACCUUGCAGACUAACUCAGCAGUGGAUGUCUAUGCAAGGUGUGAGUUUUGUGUGUCACUAAAGAACUGUGAGUAGACAUUGAGCCCUGCCUUUCCAGGCAGGACAGAAAUACUGUUAAUUUGGGUUCUUAGUGUCAUCUUAGUGGUUGAUUGACCCAGCCACAAAAAUCCAUUUAAUGGAAAAAAACAAACCAAAAAAAAAAACAAGACUCCACAAGAACCACCUGCAGAUCACCCUGUGUGAUUCUCCACUUUCCAAAAGACAAUCUUGUGCAGCACUUUGUCCAUGUCAUGAGAAGUGACACUGCGAGACUUCCUAUUCAGGCAAACAUCAGAUGUCUUGUAUGACUGUUUAAAAGAACUAGUCCAGGACCAGGUUAAUCCUGCAGUGUAAAUAACUGCACAUACUCUUUCUCCUGUCAUUUUGUUUGAUUUCUUAUAAAUAUUCAAAUUUUAUUGUAAAUGUUUUUAAUCAUCUUUUUAAAAGGUUCAAAAUGAGUUUCAGGUCAGUUUUUUCAUGACAGCUCUUUUAUAAUAAUCUCUCUUAUAAUAUUUAAAUAUGUGUCCAAAUUGUCCAUCACUGUAUACCAUCCAGUAUCACACAAUCCUGCUGCCAAUCUCUCACUCCACACUCGCCUGUGUUUUGGGCCACAACUCAUCCCUAAACCACAGUUAGAACUUCAUCGUUUCUGAGCUGAAAAUCACAGCUCAGAGCUGUCGGUGCUGAUUCUCAUUCCCUCCUCUUGACACUCUGUGGCAAAUUGCCUCAGUAUGAGCUGGAGUCCACCAUCUUAUGAAGCAAGGAAGGAAGUAAGCACAACUGCAUUUCACUAGUAAAUGUACGUAAUCAGAUUUCCAUGGCAACUCAGCCUUCAUUCUUGUGUUGCUUCCUUUAUUUGAUCUGUGAUACGUAUACCUCUAAUUCUGUAAGACACAUUCAAGUCUAUAAACAGCUGCUGUGUUUGCAGCUGUGCUCUGCUAUCCAAAAAUGUAGCUGUGUAACUGAGCUUCAUCAUCUGAAUUUACUUCAUCUGAUCUCACUGAAAACAGUUUGUACAAGAGUGAAAUGUUUGUAAAUGUCAUUAAUCAGA